AUGUUGAGGGAUGCCGAAACCCGAUACCCGAAUGCCGAGAAGUUCGCAUAUGGGCUGGUCAUGGCCUCCCGAAAAUUGCGACACUAUUUCCAAGGGCGAACGAUACAAGUGGUAACCGACCAACCUUUGAAGAAGAUCCUCAGCCGACCGGAGGCUUCGGGCAGAAUCGUCGCCUGGUGUGUAGAAUUGGGGGAGUAUGACUUAGAGUACGUUCCCCGAACAGCCAUCAAAGCCCAAGCCUUGGUUGACUUCAUGGUGGAGUGCAUUUUUUCAGGGCCGAAGGACUUGGAGCCGAAAGAACAGCUCAUCCGGACUCCAGGAAAGUGGAAGUUGUUUGUAGAUGGGUCGGUGGCCGGGUCUAAAUGUGGGGCUGGAUUGAUCCUCUCUAGUCCCGAUGGAUUUGAGAUCUGUCAAGCCAUCCGAUUCACUUUCCCUUUGACCAACAAUGAGGCCGAAUACGAAGCCCUCCUGGCAGGAAUGGGCCUAGCAAAAAAUCUGGAAGUAAGGCAUUUAAGGGCUUUCAGCGACUCCAUGCUGGUCGUCAAGCACUUUUCCGGGGAAUAUGAACAAAAAGAGCCCCGAACGAAGGCUUACGCCGCUAAGGUACGGGAACAAACUCAGUUUUUCGAAACAUUCGAAUUAAGCGCCAUCGGUCGGGAGGACAAUGGCCGAGCCGACGCUCUCUCUCGCUUAGCCUCGGCCGAAACACAAAAUUUGACGGGGUCCAUCUACUUGACGGAGGUGAAAAAGCCUUCGGUCGACAAGAAAGCUUGCUUGGAGAUUCAUCAAGGCAUAAAUUGGAUGACCCCCAUCAGAACUUACUUAGAGAAGGGGUUCUUGCCCUUAGAGAAGAAGGAAGCCCAAAAAAUAAAAUACCGAGCAGCUAGCUACACACUGAUCGGGGGCCGACUCUUUAGGCGAUCAGUAUCUCAGCCCCUGCUCCGAUGCUUGGAUCCAGAGGAACAGCUUCUGGCCCUGGAGACAGUGCACGAGGGAAUCUGUGGCGAACACUUGGCCGGCCGAUCCCUAGCCCUAAAGAUACUCCGACAGGGUUUCUUCUGGCCAACCCUUAGAGAAGAUGCAGCCAACUAUUCAAAGAAAUGCCGACAGUGUCAAAUCCACAGCAAUGUUCCGAAGCAACCCCAGAAGAAAUGA